GACGCUCAGACUCACAGCUUGAUCGCGCUCCCAGACACGAUGCCGACCAUUAAACUGCAGAGCUCUGAUGGAGAGAUGUUCGAGGUGGAUGUGGAGAUCGCCAAGCAGUCAGUGACCAUCAAGACCAUGCUAGAGGAUCUGGGGAUGGAUGAUGAAGGAGAUGAUGAUCCGGUUCCUCUGCCCAAUGUAAACGCCGCCAUCUUGAAGAAGGUGAUUCAGUGGUGCACGCACCAUAAAGAUGAUCCUCCUCCUCCUGAAGACGACGAGAAUAAAGAGAAGAGAACAGACGACAUCCCCGUGUGGGACCAGGAGUUCCUCAAAGUAGACCAGGGCACGCUCUUCGAACUCAUUCUGGCUGCAAAUUACUUGGACAUCAAAGGUUUGCUAGAUGUUACUUGCAAGACGGUUGCGAACAUGAUCAAAGGCAAAACCCCCGAGGAGAUCAGAAAGACUUUCAAUAUCAAAAAUGAUUUCACAGAGGAAGAGGAAGCGCAGGUACGCAAGGAGAACCAGUGGUGUGAAGAGAAGUGAAGAUCCCGACGCACUUAACACUACGGAUUGUUUUGAGAAAGUUGAGAGAACGUUGCACUGCUUUCUUCAUAUUCCUUCUUCCCGUCUAACACAAUAAACAUAGUCAAAUCCCCCCUGUGUUCUGCUAGCAUGACCAUUCCCCUCGCUCGUGUGCUGUAAACGCUGUUUUCUUUACACUUCCUCUUAAUAUAAUGUCGCCCUCGUAGAGAAGCGCUCCCGUUUCCCUGCUGGAGCUGAAGGAGGAUCAUCAUUAUUACUAUCGUUUCUUUUCCUCUUGAGGAUGGAGCCGUUCAGCUGAAGACAGAUUCUUUUGUUUAGUUUAGUUUGAGGCUGAUGUGUGCUGAAGGUGGCGCUGUCUGCAUCCUGUGUUGUGAACAGAAGUGUGUGUGUGUGUGAGUGUGUAUCUCCUCCUUGGUUCUCUCUGUAUAGGACGCUCCUCCACACUUCUGCUCUUAGGAUUAUACAUAUUUUAAUUCCAAAACUGAAUAAAAGCUGAUUAUUGUGGGAUUCGUCA